AUGACAGAAUGUCACACUAUCAGAGGUCUGUGUGGUGUUUUCCUGGACAGCAUCUUGCACUAUGUCAAGACAGAGCCUGUCAUGGACUCCUGGUAUGUUGCUGCUGUAUAUGAGCACAACUUAAUCCUGAAAUCGAAGCCUGAUGUCCCCCUGUCUCGCCUCGAUGCCCUGCAGCACAUGCAGAAAAACCUGGAUAUCUAUGAGGAGCAGGCUGCCCAGGCUGCUCAGCAGGGUGCCCAGAUCCUGGUGUUUCCAGAAGAUGGUCUUCAUGGUUUUAACUUCAGCCGUUCUUCCAUCUCUGGCUACCUAGAAACCAUUCCUGAUCCCCAGCAGGAGAGCUGGAACCCCUGCACAGAGCCGGGCAAAUACAACAACACUGAGGUUCUCCAGCGUCUGAGCUGUAUGGCCCGUCGUAACAAGCUCUACCUGGUGGCCAACAUGGCUGACCUGCAGCCCUGCCCCCUGAAGACUGACCCCACCUCCUCCUGUCCCUCUGAUGGACGCUGGCUGUUUAACACCAACGUGGUUUUCAGUUCAGAUGGCCUGCUGGUGGCUCGCUACCAUAAACAUAACCUUUUCCUCUUUGAGCCACACUUUGACACGCCGCCGCAACCUGAGAUCAUAACGUUCGAUACACCUUUUGCUGGAAGGUUUGGCCUCAUGAUCUGCUUUGACAUCUUGUUCCACAAGCCCACAGUUGCCCUGGUGGAGAAGGGUGUGCGUCAGCUGGUCUACCCAACAGCCUGGAUAAACCAUCCCCCCCUAAUGGACGCGGUCCAGGUCCAGCAGGCAUUCAGCUUAGGUGCCAAUGUCACCCUGCUAGCGGCCAACAUUCGUUAUGACCAACUGAAGAUGAGAGGAAGUGGUAUCUACACCCCUUUUUCUGCCACCUACCACUACGCCCAGAAAGGAGACCCAGAGGAGGGCAGGCUGCUGGUGGCCAGGGUGCCAGUCUUAGACCCACUGUGGGUGCGGAAGAAUGUAACCACAAAGGAGGGGGUAGUUAGGAGUGAGUCCACAUCAUCUACUGCUACAGACUCUGGAUUCUGUCACCAAGAGAGCUGUUCUGAUUCUCCCCCUCCUGAAAAUGCUUCAUCAGUUCCUCCCUCCUCUGCCACCUUCAUCUCAUCCAUGAUUUUUGACCCAUUUACAUUUGUCCUCUUGAACGAGACAGAGGGCAAAGUGAAUGUGUGUAAUGGCACCUUUUGCUGUCACCUGCAGUACCGGCAGUUACCACAGGGUGACAGUAAAGAGCUCUACGCAUUGGGGGCAUUUGCUGGAACACACACUAUGUAUUCACGCAUGGCCCUGCAGGUGUGUGCACUAGUCCGCUGUGCAGGGUUGGACACCAGUUCCUGUGGACAGGAAGUGGAAGAGGCUGAGUCUAAAAUGGACUUCCUGUUGGAGGGGAAGUUUGGGACCAGAUAUGUGUACACAUCAGUUUUGGCUAGCAAGAUGGUCCUGGAGCAGCCAGAGCAUCUGGAAACAGCUGCAGAUGGCAGAGUGACCAUGAAACACUCAAACAUGACUGGUGGCCUGGUCACUGCCUGUCUGUACGGACGAAUGUAUCACCUGGACAAUGAAUGAACUGCUUUGAAAUAGAUAGGUGUAUUAGUGGAAAAAUAUCAAAUAAGUUUUUAAAACUGAAUAACAACGAAUGUUCUGACCAAGAGUGGGUAUGUUGUUACACAUUUGUCUUCUUUUCUUUCUUUUUUUUCAUUUGACAAUGAAUGAACUGCUUUGAAAUAGUUAAGUUUGUCAGGAGAACAUUUUUAAAUACAUUUUAAAAACAA